UCCCAGAGGGCGCCGCGGCGCGCCCCGCGCGUGCGCAGUGCCGCUGCCAGCCAGCGCCGGGCAGGCAGGGAGGGAAGGAGGGAGGCAGGGAGGGAGCGGCGCUCGCGCGCCUCGGGUCCGAGAGGAGACAGCGCGGUGCCGCGCCGGGCCGGCAGCAGGAAUCAUGACGACCUCAGGAAAAGAGAAUUUCCGGCUGAAGAGCUACAAGAACAAAUCUCUAAACCCUGACGAGAUGCGUCGCAGGCGGGAGGAAGAGGGUCUGCAGCUACGGAAGCAAAAGAGAGAGGAGCAGUUGUUUAAACGCCGAAAUGUUGCAACGGCUGAGGAAGAAACGGAGGAGGAAGUGAUGUCAGAUGGGGGCUUCCAUGAGGCUCAGAUGAACAACAUGGAGAUGACUUCUAGUGCAGUCAUCACUGCUGAUAUGAUUGAGAUGAUUUUCUCCAAUAGUCCAGAGCAGCAGCUCUCAGCCACCCAGAAGUUCCGAAAGCUGCUUUCUAAAGAACCAAAUCCUCCAAUAGAUGAAGUCAUAAGCACACAAGGAGUCGUGGCCAGGUUUGUGGAGUUCCUGAAGCGGAAAGAAAACUGUACAUUACAGUUCGAAGCUGCAUGGGUGCUGACAAAUAUUGCCUCGGGAAAUUCCCUUCAGACUCGAAUAGUGAUCCAAGCAGGAGCUGUCCCCAUCUUCAUAGAGCUGCUCAGUUCAGAGUUUGAAGAUGUACAGGAACAGGCAGUAUGGGCUCUUGGUAACAUUGCUGGAGACAGCACUAUGUGCAGAGACUAUGUUUUGGACUGUAAUAUCUUGCCCCCUUUAUUGCAAUUGCUUUCAAAACAGAAUCGUCUCACUAUGACCCGAAAUGCUGUAUGGGCUCUGUCCAACCUCUGCAGAGGGAAAAAUCCUCCUCCUGAUUUUGCCAAGGUUUCACCUUGUCUUAGUGUGCUUUCCUGGCUGCUCUUUGUCAAUGAUACAGAUGUAUUAGCUGAUGCCUGCUGGGCUUUGUCCUAUUUGUCUGAUGGCCCCAAUGAUAAAAUCCAGGCUGUGAUUGAUGCAGGAGUCUGCAGAAGACUUGUGGAACUGCUGAUGCAUAAUGACUACAAAGUUGUAUCUCCUGCCUUACGAGCUGUGGGAAACAUUGUUACAGGAGAUGAUAUCCAGACCCAGGUAAUUCUGAAUUGUUCAGCUCUGCAGAGUUUGCUGCACUUGCUAAGCAGCCCAAAAGAAUCUAUCAAAAAGGAAGCAUGCUGGACAAUAUCUAAUAUAACAGCUGGAAACAAAGCCCAGAUCCAGACAGUCAUAGACGCCCACAUCUUCCCAGCUCUUAUAAAUAUUUUGCAAACGGCCGAGUUUCGGACAAGGAAGGAAGCUGCUUGGGCAAUCACAAACGCCACAUCGGGAGGCUCUGCUGAACAGAUCAAGUACUUAGUAGAACUGGGAUGCAUCAAACCACUCUGUGACCUCCUGACAGUAAUGGACUCCAAGAUUGUGCAAGUAGCUCUGAAUGGGCUGGAGAACAUCCUGAGGCUUGGAGAGCAGGAGUCCAAACGCAGCGGCAGCGGCAUUAAUCCUUACUGCGCUCUUAUUGAGGAAGCGUAUGGCCUGGACAAGAUUGAAUUCCUGCAGAGCCAUGAGAAUCAAGAGAUUUAUCAGAAGGCCUUUGAUCUGAUUGAGCACUACUUUGGAACAGAAGAUGAAGACAGCAGCAUUGCCCCACAAGUGGAUAUCAACCAGCAACAAUACAUCUUCCAGCAGUGUGAGGCUCCCAUGGAAGGCUUCCAGCUUUGAGGUGCCCCUGUGCUGUGUGCUCCUCUACCUAGCCAAUCCUGUUGUCGAGCCACAAGCCACCCGUGGAGUGAUUCUCUCAAUGUUUUCCAUAACCCUGUUUGCGCUCAUUCGCUUGCCUUGUGCACAUGCUCUUACAUACGUCUGGAAAACUUUUGGCUCUCCGUGGCAGGAUGUCCCCUCCUUGGCAAGGGGUUGCCAGAAUCACCCUUCUCCUCUAGAUUCUGAAUCUCUCCACUGUCAUCUUCGUGGAGUUGAGGCACCUUUCUAUACUUUGAGAUAUUCCCUGUUCCUAUUACAGGAAAGUAAUCCCUCCUCCACUUGGCCCCCUACUCCUGGCAUCCAAGAGAAGGCUGCCUUUCUCUUGUAUUUGCUGCAGAGUGUGCCUGCAGUCCAGGGAGACAUUCAGCCUUUCUGAGAACGUAGCUGAAUUCAUCCCUCAUGUUCUCCCCUGGAUGCCUCUUUGGACGGCUGUGAGAGAUGUGUUAAACCUUCACACGCGUCCUACCUACCUUGCUGUAUGUGCCAGCUGGGGUUAUUGGCAUGAGGAACAUGUUACAAACAAUGGAGUAAGUUCUCUGGCCCCUGCAACAACAGGCUGCAAUGGACAUGUUUUGUGGUUCUUAGGAAUACUGAACACAUCUGGCCCCAUCCCGUCUCAACACUGAGCUCCCAAGUUGGAUUGCAGACCACUGUGGAGAUUUGUAUAUCUUCCCAGUUUUUCCUCUCCAUCCACAAAAAAAGAAACUGUGAAUAGGUUACUCUUAACACCUCCCCAGAAAUGACUUUCCAAAACAGCUUCUAGAAUGGAGAAACUGCCCCCACUUCUGCUUGCCAGCACAGUAUGAUCCAGCCGGGCCUUCCUUAAAGAUCAGGCCCUUUCUGGCUCCAUGCUCCAGAGUCUGGUCCCUGGUAUUCUAGUUAUGGCUGAAAAGUUCCUGUCUGCCUCUUUACAUUUUUACACAGCGUGACUUGAACAGAUUUGUCUUCUGAAAAGUUAACUUCUGAAUACAGAAUUCUUAAUUUGUAAAACUUGGAGUGUUAGAUCUCCUUUUCAUUUUCACGAGACAAGAGCUUCCUCUCCAGCUCACCUGAUGGAAUAUAGUCCUCCUGGCCAAGGCCCUUAUUUAACUAAAAUGACACUACAUUCACAGGAUAGUACUAUUACAUCUGGAUCCACCUGGCCUUCUCAUUUCACUUUUCCCUUUUGCUGUUGAUGAGACUUCAGGUGAAUUAGCAUGGAACGCAUGGUUCCUCCAGGUGACAUCUGUAAGGCAUCGUUGACUGCAUGGCAGCUGCCGCACGCAGCUGGAGACUGCCCUUCUGCUAGCAGCAUGUUCUUGGCUCUGCAUCCUGCUUGGAUCACAGACCUCUGAUGCAAAGGCCAGCCACUCCUCACUGAGUUCAGCUGACACUGGCACCAAACUUCACACGUCUGGGGAGAUGCCGCCUGAUUGAAAGUGGCAGUUCCAUUUCGGAGAAUGCAAUGGAUUCCCUAGGCUGUCCGCUCCCCCCUGCAUCGGGCUAUGUUCUUUCAAGCCAUUUUGGAUGCUUGGAACACACAUUUGUCCAGUGUAAACAUUUCAAAAUAGCCACUGGCAACUGCAGUGUCACGUACCUGUGGUAAAUGUUUGUGGCAGAACUGUCUUCAAGAUCCUCAUGGCUCCUCUCAGUGAUAAGCCACUGCAAAAGCAAAACCAGCCCAUUGGAUACAGAGUUAUAAAAACACAUAAGUCACUUGUCAUACUGCUGAAAGAAGCUAGGCAAAGGCCUGAACAUCAGCUCUGUGUGACCAUUAUUUAAAUAAAGUCUUCUGUCUCUGCUUCAGGAUAGAGACUCUGACCUGUGUGGCCACUGCAGAAGCCACCUGCUGCCUCCCUAGCUAAGCCAGUUGGCGUCCACUUUCCCUCCUCCCAGUUAUUUUCUCUAGUGCUGCUUUGUGCUGAAGGAACAUUUAGUUUACUGCACUUGAUCUGUAAAUGGACUUCAAUUCUUUGUAAUUUUAGGGGGUUAAAUUUGGUGGUUAAUUUAAAAAAAGCAAAAAAAAACCCUCAAUGUUGCCUUUACAUCACAUAUAAAUAACUGUGUUUCUCUUUUCUUGAAGGGUGAUAGAAGCACUGAUUAGUAGCAAAAUCUUGUUUUAGCUUUUGGAUUUUUUUGUGCUGGAUUUUUUUACGUGUAAAUUUCCAAUAACAUGUCAUUUCUAUAAGAUUUGUUUAAAACCAUGUACCUCUUAUUGGAUGGUAUAAAAAUGCUACAUAUUUUGUAAACAAAUCUGAGCAAAGUGUGUGUGCAUAUAUUCUGUAUAUUCAUAUAUGUAUAUUCUGUGUAUAUAUACACUAGCGUGUAUAUAUACAUAUAUACACACACACAUAUAUAUACACACACGCAUAAAGUAUGUGUAUAUAUAUACAUACCUAUAUAUCUAUAUAUAUUAGUGUUUUCUCUUCCAGGCUAGUGAAAACAAUGUGGUGCAUUGGCGUUUCCCUCCCCUGCCCCCCAAGAAAGUAAUGACAAUUGCCUCUAAAUGAGUGAAUUAAAAAAGAGUCCAUUUAAGCUGACUGGUGUGCCUUCCUGUGUAAGGAGCCUGGCCAGUAUUUGUUACUUUUGCCAUGGAUAUGUGAAUUCAGAGCAGAUAAGUAUAAUCUUUAAACUUGGUAUGUUUGUUUGAAGUGACAGGCCUGGUUGACGCAGGUAAUAUUGUUGUCCUAAAUACUUAGACUGUGUAAGGCAUUUGACUGGUACUGCGUAAUAUUUUGAGUGAAAACCACACCAAUAGAAGAAUCAACAUGGCACACAUUUAAAUGGAUUAAAAUGCGGCUAACUCAUAGGUCUCAAUGUAAUUUAAAUGGUGUUUAAUUGAGUGUAUUUCCAUCAGGAUCUUCCAGCAACCAGUUCUUGGCAUUGCUUUACUUAGCCUUAUUAAUAGGUUGAAAAGAAACAAAAUCUACUUCUAACAAAGGCUGCACAUUAAGUGGGUACAGAAGGGAGAUCAGACUUGUGAAUUAUAAAAGGAAAAGCUCACUGAUACAGACUGACCAGAAUAACUUGGUAAGCCAAGGGCAAGUAAACUACUUGCAUUUAACAUGUAGUGUAAUGUUACCCAUCUAGUAAGUAACUAUGGCCACAGAUGAAGGACUGUUUUGGAGGCAAGUGCCAGUGAAAGUAUGAGGAUCAUUAUAUCAUAUUGCUUGAACACUGCUUCCUAACACAGUUCUGUUGGCUGUGUCCCCUGCUAGAAGAAUUGAAACCAGUAUUCUCUGCUGUCCUGAAGGAUGUGCUCAGAUAGGGACCAUCUCAGAGAAUGCCUCUAGCUGCCACUUUUGUGAAGGUCACGCUGUGUUUUGAAUGAUCUGUUGUUGUUUUGUGUCUAAAUAAGGGGCAGCAUGGUCUCAUGUAGAGGGUAGGUGAGGAAGUUGUUGGAGUUCCUGUGUUCUUUUAGCUUUGUCAGGCAGCAUGUAACACUAGAAAAGUGUCGCAUAUUUUCUUCAAUAUUAAAAUACAUGCAUUGGUUUCUGUCUGCUUGUGGAGAUCCCAUCUAAGCGUCUUCCAAAUGCCCCACAGGCUGGUAAUAACAAUUUAUUGCAUUUUUUUUGAAACAUCAGGAAGGAGGUGGAAGCACUGCACUGAGAUUUUAACAAUGUCUGUUUUAAACUGGGUGUUAGAGAAGGGAAGAUGCAGGGCUGCCUGGAAUUGCUGUCUAGCAGUCCAGCACACAGAUCUGUAAUGCAAUUAAAGUUGUGGUUUUGUUUGGGCAGCAAACAGGAGCUGCCAUUCUUUCUGUUGGUAAAGUUCCCAGUGGAACAUUGCAGGCAAGGGUCGGUGUCUUGGAUUCAGGAGGGUACAGAGGAUGAUGGAGCAGGUUACUGAAAGCUCAGUAACUGAGCCAGGGCCAGCACCUGGGGCUCCUGGGAAGGUAUCAUUUGAGGGAACUGCUGCCUAGAGACUUCAGCCUGUUCCUAAAUUCCUCUUUGUUCCUUGAUGCCAACCAAACAUGGGUGGUUGAAGACCCUGUGCCUAAUGUUAGAAGGGAAGAAGGCAAUGACUCUGGACCUGCAUGUUCUUGGACCUGCUUUUUCUUUUUUACUGUCAGCACCCAAGACUAUUGAAGAGCUGGAUUGCACCACAUGGUCCUAAUGUGUGACAGUGCUCCUGGCAAUACACUUCUCUGCUUCUCUGGGGUCUUCCACAACAGCUGUCUUACCUCUGUGCACUUGGAUCUCUAUGUCAGCUUAAACUAACCCCCAUCUCUUCCAGUAUGGUUUUUUUUUGCUUCUGAAAAUUGGCACAACCCACCAUUGGUACUCUCCCAUGCCCGUUUUAGACUUGAAGGUCUUUCUUCAGGUGCCUGAGUCUUAGUAGAAAAGUAAGCAAAACCUGUUUGUGUACUGCUCUGGCCGUGUCCUGCUGUGCCCCCUGCAUGUUCCACUGAAGCAGUGUUGGAGUUGUCAGGUGAUUGCUGCAUUAGGAAGCUUCAGUUGCCUCUGGACCUGGUACAGCAAUAAGGCACCUGGUAUAGGAUUGAUAAACUGGACUCUUCUGGAUAAAUGGGAAUGGUGUUACAGACCAAGGCCAAGGGGCGAAAGAAAGUGAGGUACCAUUUCAGGCUUAGUCUGUUCCUUCCAUCGUGCACUCUUGAAAGGCUUUGGGCUGAAGCUGUGAGCUCUCAGUGACCUGAGGCUGUUAAGUUCUCCCAUCAGCUGGAGUGGCUGCCUUGGCCAGAAACAUGUGCUGGUUUGUAACCACUGUCCCCAUUCAGAAGUGCUUCUUGGAAGCCAUCACACCAGGAAAGAGGUGGUUCCUUUCACUGCCUUGCUGAGAAAGAUUUACAUCAUUUUCUAGUACCCAGCUACUUGCAAAGAAAACAGUGCAGUGCUUGGGAGCAAGCUGGAGACCACACAAAGCCCAUUGUCUUGGGCUUUGGUUUGAGGCUUGAGCCUAUGCAGAAGCUGAAAAAAACUUCUUGGGCAGUGAUCUGGAGUCUUUAUGCCAGAUUUUGAAAUGGUGGAGAUACCAGGGUGACAGAAGGAUAUGUGGAGCUUUUGUCAAACCACUGGACCAGACUUCAGUUUUUGUGUACAUGGCAUAAAGCUUAUAGAAAUUUAAGUAAAAUGAAAAAACUGGUUACUAUUGCUGCUCUGAAGUGUUGCUUUUGAAGUGGUGUUUUGCAUAUUUUUAUUUGAGCUGGCACUUUACCAGCUCGAUGAGUCCAAGUAGUUUUAUUUCCAAAACUAGGAGAGGUUCUGUUCACAAAGUGCACUCAGAGGUGUGUUGAAAGGGUGAUAUUUUUGAGAUGCACAGUUUUAAGCUUUGCCAUCACCAAGCAUACAUCACAAGGAAACCUGAAAUGCACGUUCUCCUUUUUGGUAUCAUUUAGUACAUUCAUGACCACAGGCAUGUAAUCGGGCAAGAUUUUGGUUUGGUUCCCACCUGUGUGCCUGCUGGUGUGGCAAAGAACCAGAAUUGUCAUGGAAAAUCUGUUCACAUAUCUGCAGUUAAAUUAAAUAUGGCUUGCACUGAGUGCUAAUUAAGUGGACAAAUCUGUGCAGUCCUGCUCUACUUGACUGACAGUGUCCUUAUGAUCCUUUCCAGCCAGAGAAUCUGAUGCCAGGUCAUUGUAUCACCUGAAGGUUGUGACUUCUGUGAUGGGAUUGACUACACAGCUUUUCUGAUAGGUUACAUCUCACUGUGGUACUCAGAAAUGCAAUUCAUAGAUGGAAUUGCAGCAGCUAGUGAAGAUUUACCCUGCAUUUUUGUAGGGCUUUUACUUAUUUAGCAAUGCUACUAAUUUUUAGGGGUGCAACAAAAAUAAUCUCCCUCUCACUCUGAGAAAGUUCACAAACUAAUUUUGUUAAGCUGAUGUGUCUCUUUUGGUUUUGGAGUCCCCAGGGCCAGUCAGCAGGGCAGUGCUGGGCAGUAACAUUUUGAGCAGUCCUGACACUUCCAAUCCACAUUUCCUUCAAGAUGAAGGUAAAAGAGGAAGGAAAAUACUUCCCUUGGUUGCUGUGGGCUCUUCAGCAUGAAUAGUGCGUGGCUGGGCUCAAUGCCGAAAUAGCACUCUUGAGGCAGGUGAUCUCUAAGUGGGCCUAGUAUGAUGAAAGCACAAACAACAAUUUUAAAGAGCAAAAUACAUAUAAAUCUAAAUGAGAUUCAUAAAGAAAGAGCUUAGUAGAGAGCAAGAAUGCCUGACUGACUUUCGCAUACUCAUGUGCCUCUAAAUAGUAAAUCUGACAAUAGAGGUUGAAGCAGUUGUUCAGUAUUCCUCAAAACAGUCAUCUCUGUUUCCUCAUCUCAUUGCCAGCUCUGCUGGGACCACUCUUAAGUGUCAGCGGCCACACUGUGGUUCUCUGGAAUGCUGUUUCACUCUUCAUCUCCUUCCUCAUUUUUUGAAGACAGGCAGCUCUUCACAGAAGUUACCGCUCACUUAAACAAAUGCAGGCAGAAAAACAGGACCUAGACCAAGGAAUUAGGCUUUUUAAUACCUUAGGAUCAUUUUGCUGAUGUUAAUGCACGUCAGACAGUAAGUUUUGGCUCAAGGGCUCCCUUAAUAAUUGUUCUGUCUUGCACAAAGAGGAACAUGUGGAUUAUUUGAAGUAGCCAGUACCAUUAGAGCAUAAAUACAGUUCCAUUCUUGCUGAGGAAACCUGAAAUAGUCAGUGAUAGUGGAUGGCUGGCUAGUGAAGGUAUUUGUUUGUGCAAGUGGAAAUCAAAUGGACCCUUCUUAUGUGUUACAGUUACCUUUGUGUAAGCGGUAAGAACACGGGACUUCCUGCAGGGGAUUGGCACCGAGAAUGCAGGCACAGGUCCUGCAGUACUUUAGAAGAUGCUCUGGUGCACAGCACGUGGCAAACAAUGACAUUGCUUAACCACUGUGCUCAUGUGUCCUGUCCCACUAACCAUGAAGAAAAGAGUUUGGAAGAAAGGGGCAGUUACAAGGAAAAGCAAAUAGGUAUUUCUGGUUUUAUUGACUACGGGACAGCAUAUUCAUUCUGUCUUGGACAUGGGUGUACAGAACUAACAUACAGGACAGAUGUGAUGGUAUCCUCCCAUCAGUGCUGGAAGGGACUUGGCUUUUCUACCCCAGUCCUUGAUCUCUUCAUUUCCUCCUCUAUGGUUUAGCAGAUGCACCUUCUUCUCUCAACUUGGCUUUCUUCUCCAGGUUUAUGCUUAUAAGAGUUUCAUGUCUUUUUGCAGCCUACAAUGUAAUAACAUCAUCAGUUACAACCUGAAGGACCACAGAGUUGAAACUUGAAUCAAUAACUUACCUGACCUGUCCUUACCAAGGCACAAUUCUGUCAGCUUUAAUGCCAGGAAGCCAAGAGGGUUAAAGUAAAAUAUUGAGAGAUUAUUUUGGCUGAAAGUAAUUACUUCUCUGGGUAUAAAUUAAGCCCUUUUUUCAAGGCACUAGCAGAUACAUUCUAUGCUUCUGGUCAGUAUUUAAUGCUGAUCUGAUUUUCAUGAGACAGAGAAACAAAUAAAAAGUUAAACAUAAUCACAGACUCAGAAUAUUUUGAGAUGGAAGGGACCACAUAGAUCAUCAAUUCCAGCUCUUCACUGAAUGGCCCACUGGGGGAUCAAACUUCUAAUCUUGGCGUUAUUAGCACCAUUCUCUGGCCAACUGAGCUCAUCUCUGGAAACAUAAAUAAUUCCAGCUGCUUUGAAAACAAGGAUUCCAAAGUAGCUGUCCUCUCUUCCUGGUACUUGCAUUCAUACUUCUCCAGUACAGAGGAAAAUGCUCUGGGACUCAUCAGUGUUUGAUCUCUGCUGUUAAAGCCAGGAAAAAUCCUUCCACUGUUUCAUUUCAGAGUGCUGCAUCCUUUUCAUUGUAAUAGACAAAUUCUGAUACAAAAUGUCAGGUGACACUCAGUAGCUCACAGUGCUGGGGUUAAGACUGUCACUACUUGCACGGUUUCUCUAGAACAGAGCAGCCCAUAGAAACCAGACCUGAGCAUUGGCAUCAGAUGAGAGGCAGCAUAACAAGUAAAGCUCUUCUGCCACGCAGGGGCUUUAGGCUCAGGGGGUUUUGUUUAAAGGAAGCAUCUUAAUGGUGACAUCAUCCUUUUCUGAUGAGAAUUAGUCAAUGAGGGUCACUUCUGGGGAACCAGGAGGCCUUGUUAAAAUUUUGUUCAAUGAUAAAAUGACAAAGAACCCCAAAACAAACAAAAAACCCCCAAACCCCCAAAGCAAGACAGUAUGAAAAAUCCAUAGAGGAACUAAGAUGUUUAAAUGAAGGUGUAUUUGCCCUCAUCAGCCCAAAUUCUGUGCUUACCUGCUUCCCUCUGAUCACCAUGGUGAUGCAUCCCACUAUUGUCAAGGCAAUCAUGACAUAGCUGAACUUCACACGCAGGGUGGACUGUGCUGCUCUCACUGUCUCAAGCCUCAAGAAAGAACAAAAGAACACAUUUGUUAUCAGAGACCCAAAUAAUUCACUUGGCUAAUUAUUUAAUUUCUCCUAGUGUGCUGUCUUGGUAGUUUUUGUAAUGCUAACAGCACUUGGCUCUUUUGUGCAAAGAGUUUUACAACAGGAAAGGUUGAUCUCUGAGUACCUUGGGAGAUACAUGGUAACAGAGGCAUUCCUCUCAAAGCUGGAAACAAACCCAACUUUUUAAUCUUAGCUUUUUCAGUUGUUAAAUACUGCCUUUGCAGACCACUUGACUGCAAUGCAAAGGAGGAAGGCUGCAGGAUUUAAGUGUGUGUGUUCAUUGUGGAAAGAACAGGGAAAAGAGAGGAAUGGUUUAACCAAUACUGUAUUUUUCUUACUGUCAGCUCCCUCUGUGCUCACUACCACCUUCCAAUAUCUGCAAAGCCAGGGAGAACUCGUCUGUAUUACAAUUGUGAUGUAUUUAACAGAGUAAAACAUGCAUUUUUCUCUCAAUAGCAGAAGUCUGCUAAAACCCCAAAUAUGGUGUUUUAACAGUUGAGAGUUCAUUGGGCAGAGGGAAGCAUUGGCACAGCUUUGCAAUUUCUUCAUUUAUGAUGCAGUCUUACUUCCCAGCAGGUCCUUCCUCUGCUACAGGACUUGAAAGGGCAGUAAGUGACACACAGGCUGCUGAAUGCAGCACUCAGAAAUUCUGAGCAGGACGUGGUAAAAGACUGGUGGUCCCCACUCAUGCUGGAGUGAACAAUCCUAAAGGGAUCUGCUUCCCUGAGAAAUUAAGGAGGUGUGGAGGAUUGUAAGCUUUCCUACAUCAGCUCCAGACAGAGGAGCUCUUUAAUUUUUAUAUUUUUUUUAAUUUUAGGGGACUUAGCUAGCCACACCAGUACCUACACCAUCCUUUUGGGAAACCUGUUGCCUACUCUGCUGUUAUCUUUGAAAAAUCAGAAGUCUUCCACCAGAAGAGUAGCAGUUAUUGACACCUUCCAGCUGUGUAGAGUAAAACCAAAAGAUCGUAUUUUCUUGAGUUAACUCUGAAGAUCAUUCUACCCAAAUGGCAUCUUGGUUACAGCAGGUUUUCAGUCUGUGUUAGAACAAUGCAAGAAGGGUUACAAGUGCUUUCCAUAACAACCAAAGACCUACACCCUGUAUAUUUAACUCUCCUUGCAGAAUUUAGGGCAGAUAACUCCCUUGUCAAGGAGGGCUGGUACUCUCACUGAUUAUAUUUGGCACAUGACAAAAUUCCAGAAGACUGGAGAAGCACCAACACUGUGUAAUGAAAAGAAUAAAUGCAUCAAACUAGGUUAAUUAUACCCCAAAACUAAUGUGGAGAAUGGAUUUAAUGGAACUGGGAAGUUACAUGCAAUCUGUUACUACAUUUUGACCCUCACAUUUGGAAGAAAAAAAAAGGUACUUCAGGAUCCAUGGUAGUUCAGCAUGGUAAAUCACACAGGACCUGAGAGCUGGGAAGUUUUGUUCUUGUUUUUGUCAGAGCAUUGAUUUGAGUACAAGAUUUCUGAUCAUAGGGAACAAACACAUCCAUCUACAAUGAAACUAAUGUUAAUUUUAGCAUCCAGGUUAUUUGCUUCUGCUAAUAAUCUGCAGUGAAAGCCUGGAGUGCAGGCUGCAAUUAAGCUGAAAUGCACAGCAGUAGGAUUUUAAAAGGUUUACUAGUUAAUUUUGGAAAUAUCUUAGAUGUGUUAAGAAUUUACAAGAGCAAAAGGUAGAUAUCUAAACACAACUUGCAUUUUAAAUCAGUUCAGUGGCUAAGUUUAACAUUUGUUUAAUAAAUGGAUUGCUUCACCACAUUUUACAAGAUUACUGAGUUAUAGCACAAGCCCUUACAACACAAAAUUAAUCUCAGAUUAAUUAAUUAAUUAAUCUCAGAACAGGAAAACAAGUUUUUGUGCUUUUAUAGUUCUCAAUUGUCUUCUCAGAUUUGGCUGAAUUAUUUGUCUAAAUAAAAAGAAUUCCCUAUGCACUUGCAGAAAUGGUCAGCUUUUACCAGAAGUUGGUUUGUCCUUUCAAUAAACUACUGAAAUCAAUCACUUUGCUAACUCUGUUUUCUUAAAAACACUCAUAACAAGUGUUUGGUAUGCAAAAAAUAUAUGAAGUGAUAGUAAGUUUUAAUAAUUUACUCCUGUAUGUAUUUCAAAUGUAGUUUUAAGAAAAAUUAUUCAAUACAAAAUGGAAGGCGUCCACUUCUAACAAAAUUCAUUCUUGUGAUACAUUUAGAUACAGGGGUGGAUUUUCAAUUCCUACGUGGUGCAUCCAAACAAACAGAAAAUAUGUAAGAGGGCACCUACAUAAUUUUCUUACUCAAGUAGUGCAAGAUUUACUGUUUCUUUUUAAUUAAAAUAAAUACAUGUACUUAAAAGCA